AUGUCAUUCGCUUAAGCAAAUAAGAAAUUCACAGCUUUGCAAGAUGACUUCCGAACCUAGUGUGAAUCCGAAAGGGCUCAUGAAUUCUGCCUUCAGCUCUCCAAUCUUAUUGAGCGCUGCUGGAUUGCUCGUCGUCGUUUCCUUCAUUAGAAUUCUAUUGAAUCGCCCAAAGAAGCUCGACCUACCAGUUGUAGAAAUUCCCGAUAGCAGUGAUCAACGCGAGGCUUUGCUUCAAGGAACUGCACGAUACCCAGAUAGCCCAUUCAUCAUACAAUCACGCCCACCACUUGUGAUCCUCCCCAUUUCAGUCAUAAAUGAGGUCAGGAAUCUUCCUGAGAACAAGGCUUCAUUCAUGAAAGAUGUCCGCAGACAGAUGGCGUACAAGCAAACUGAUAUUGGUGGAGAGCAGCCUGCGGUUAUUCAGGCCGUGAAGAUUGACCUCACAAGGCAUAUCGCGAGCACACUGGACGACUUACAAGAAGAGAUUCAGUAUGGCUUCGAUAAGGAAUUCGGACCAUGCGAGGACUGGACCCCGAUCAGUCUGUACGGCAAGCUGACGCGAGUUGUGGCUCUACUCAGUGGAAGAGUCUUCGUUGGUCGGCCUCUGAGCCGCGAUGAGGAGUGGAUCCAGGCUACUGUCAUGUACACAUUCUAUUCCAUGCAAGCAAAAAACGCCGUCAACGCUUAUCAUCCAUACCUCCGAUCAAUUGUUGCUCCCUUUAUUCCUGAGCUCCAAAAUCUGAAGGAGUUCAGAAAACGAGGAGCCGAGCUUCUGAUGCCCAUCCUUCAGCAACAGUUGGCGAAAGAGAAUAACGAGAAAAUUCACCGAGAUGAUAAUGACGAUGAACAGGGAACAAUGAUUUCUUGGAUUUUGAACCAUACUCCGAAGAACCAGAGAUCUGAUCCGAUGGUCUUGGGGAAUAAUCAGAUGGGCUUAUCAAUGGCAGCAAUUCAUACGACCUCAAUGGCUACUACGGCAGCAAUAUACGACUUGGCAACUUAUCCUGAAUACAUCCAGCCGUUACGGGAUGAGAUCCAGCAGGUCAUAGGUGAAGACGGCCAAGAUGUUGACGGGGAUGGGAUGAUGCGACUCAAAAAGUCAAGCAUGCCGAAGCUUUGGAAACUCGAUAGUUUCCUCAAGGAAAGCCAGCGAUUUACGCCUCCCCAGUUGCCAAGUGGUAAUCGAGUCACGACAUCCGACUUGACACUUUCAACGGGGCACACCCUCCCCAAAGGCACUCGCUUCGGUUUUGCAGGAUGGGCAAUCCACCAGUCCGCAACCACACCGUCAUUCAACCCAGCGAACAACCCUUCUUCUAAGCCCGUGAGCGAGUUUGAUGGUCUCCGCUACUACAAUCUUCGCAAGAUCCCUGGCAACGAAAACAAGCACCAAUACGUGACCACUUCACCAGACUCAUUGAAUUUCGGUCACGGAAACCAUGCAUGUCCUGGGAGAUUCUUUGCCAGCAAUGAGAUCAAGGUUGUACUGAUUGAACUACUGAAGAGCUGGGAAUUUAGAUUCAAGGGGGACUUGGAGGCUCAGGGAGGGGCGGAGAGGCGGCCAAAGAACAUGUAUUUUGAUGUCACAUGUGUGCCAAAUACACAGGCAGAGCUGGAGCUUAGGAGACGUAAGUAGAGUAGCAACUAUCAAAGUCCCGAACCGUAGAUUCCCGCUGGGGCAUGUCAGUGAUCAGUCAUGACGCAAAAGAAUGUUACGCAAUAUCUCUCGGAGCAAGUUUUGAAUUGGAAUAGAACUUUCUUGAGAUUGAUUUGAG